AGUUGAGAAUGAUGCAGAAGUGAACAUAUUAGAGGAACAAUUAGAAAUAGAUUUGAAUAAUACUUUUAGCAAAAGGAAUUGGGAAAAUAAUGAGAUAAGUGAUUGGAAAAGUGAUAUUGAUUUAAAA